AUGCGUCAUGGUGACUUCUCAAAGUGGGCCGUUCCAGAAGCUAGGCUCUCAAAAAAAUAUGGCUUUGACCGUGAACUCUUUUUACCGGAGCCAAAUCAAUAUGCUGCCAACAAGAUAUUUUACAAUGGCAAGCUUUGGCGGUUGGAGAAAGACCCAACCCGUGGUAAGAUCAGCUUUAUACUUCGGCGAACUCAGGAUCCCUUUGCUGCUGAACCACAGUACGUUGCGCAGAUCAAGCUCACAACGAAUCACCUUAAUAUGCGCAAAUUGCCAAUUGGAAAACCUGGUGAAAUUUUUGAUGUACAUCAAGACCUGCCAAUAAAAAAUGUCAUCAUCUCAUUCUUUCCCCUCAUGGUUAGGCAGUGGACCUGGAUCAACCUGGACAUCAUCGCUUCUAUGAAAUUCUCAGUUUAA